AUGGACUUAACUAAAGCAAGUGAAGAGCGUUUGUUGCAUCUAAAUGAGCUAGAAGAAAUGUGUAGCGAGGCAUAUGAGAAUGCCAAGCUAUACAAAGAAAGGACCAAGAAGCAACAUGAUAAGAGUUUACUUCGAAAGCUUAGAUCCAGAUGGAACAGAUCCUUCGAAGUAAUAACGGUUUUCAAUCAUGGUGUGAUGGAAUUACGUAACAUUAAGACCCAAGAACAAUUCAAAGUUAAUGGCUAUCGCUUAAAGCCAUACUAUGAAGGGAUGACAUGUGGACAUGAAGUGGAGUGCAUAGAAGCACCUCCAAUUUGA